AUGCUACUCUGCUGCUGUUCUAAGACCACCACAGACCACUGGACCACCACACGACCACCACAGACCACACGACCACCACAGACCACACGACCACCACAGACUACACGACCACCACAGACCACAGGACCAGCACGCGACCACCACAGACCAAAGGACCACCACAGACCACUGGACCACCACUGGACCACCACACGACCACCACAGACCACAGGACCACCACACGACCACCACAGACCACAGGACCACCACAGGACCACCACACGACCACCACAGACCACAGGACCACCACAGACCACAGGACCACCACACGACCACCACAGACCACAGGACCACCACAGGACCACCACAGACCACAGGACCACCACAGACCACAGGACCACCACAGGACCAGAGGACCACCGGAGCACAGGACCACAGGAACAUCACAGGACCACAGGAACAUCACAGGACCACAGGAACAUCACAGAACCACAGGAACAUCAUAGAACCACAGGAACAUCACAGGACCACAGGAACAUCACAGGACCACAGGAACAUCAUAGAACCACAGGAACAUCACAGGACCACAGGAGCAUCACAGGACCACAGGAACAUCACAGGACCACAAGCACAUCACAGGACCACGGGAACAUCACAGGACCACAGGAACAUCACAGGACCACAGGAACAUCACAGGACCCCAGGCACAUCACAGGACCACAGGACCACAGGAACAUCACAGGACCACGGGAACAUCACAGGACCACAGGAUCACAGGACCACAGGAACAUCACAGGACCACAGGAACAUCACAGAACCACAGGAACAUCACAGAACCACAGGAACAUCACAGGACCACAGGAACAUCACAGGACCACAGGAACAUCACAGGACCACAGGAACAUCACAGGACCACAGGAACAUCACAGGACCACAGGAGCACAGGACCACAGGAACAUCACAGGACCACAGGAGCACAGGACCACAUGA